UCUGAACCGGCCGGCUCACAGAGAAGCUAAAAACUCAGACAUUGCUAAGCAAAGCAACAAUGGCAAAUUUUCAACUGUACCAGUUUAAUCCCGAGUCUGACACCAACAGAGAGGAAGAACAAGCCGGUAGUCCUGACGCUUUUCAACCAAGACUGGAGCAGGACGGAUCAGAGUGGUUCUCAGAGGAAAGAAUCAGGACCCCAUUCCUCUCAGCUGCAGGCCUUGAGCCGAAUUGCCUCAACUUAUACACCCUGCAGAAUGGACUACGGACCUCUGAGGUGCAGAACAGAAGAACAUUGAUGCUGUGGGACGCCACAACAGGGUCGUCAUCGCGCCAUCCUCCGGAUCUGCCAGGAGUUUCCUGAUCCAGCUGACCAGUAUGUUGGCUUCCGACCGCCCCUUGACUGAACCCCUGACAUGUGGCGAGCAACCACUUCCUCCUUUUGACGGCCUGUCAUAUUGGGAUGACAGAUCCUUUGGGGUGGGGAUUUUUUCAUCUACUCCACAAAUGGUGCUGGGUCCUCAAACACCAUCCUCAUCAAGUCACCCACUUAAUCUGUAAAACAUUUCAUUCAAUUGUUCAUUUUCUAGUGUUUUCCUGAAUCCACUUUUGUUGUUUACUUAAAAUGUUCAGAAUAAUUUAUUAUUCAUUUGAAUUUAUCAUGUUUGUAAUAAUAAAAUAGUGUUUGAUAAAUUACUGAAUGUUGGUUCUGUUUUAACAGGCUUUGUGGUGGCUUCACCCUUCUUUGUCUUUGGGGAAGAGGGAAUCUUCAUGCCCAUGGAUGUUUUGAAUGUUGUUAAACAGUGAAGUCCACUUUGCCACCUUCUCAGGCCCUGAGGUUGAAGAGGUUGCACUCCAAUAUACAUGGUUCUUUAAACCAUGGAACAUGGGUGUUGCCGAUUGGUGUGAUGUACUCUGAAAUACAAGGGUAAACAAAACAAUAAAAAAAUUGCAUCUAAUGACAACAAUCACUAUAUAUUCUCAGCUGCAUCUCCCCCAUCAUAGGCUUUAUUGUGAUUGUACAACAACAUUUUGUUGGUAACUGUUGCAGCUCCAGCAAUAUAAAAAACAAGAUAAAGAUAAAAUAAUAAAUUCAUACAAUAUAUACCACAUGUGCUGUGUAAACUACAUAACACACAUGCAUUUAACCAGACGAAGAGAACACAGGGAACAAAAAAACCCACUGUAUAUUAUUUUUAAUUGAAGCAUGAGCCCUGGUUGUCUAGAUCAGGACCAAAUAAACUGAGGGAUAAGAGUAAAAUAAUUCAUAUAAUAAUGUACACACACAGCCAUGCUAGCGAUAGCGCUGUUUAUUACCAAUACCAGGCGGAACCGGUGUCUCUCGCUCAACUCAUUCUAAUUCUACAACAGGUCAAAGUGUAUCCGAGGCAGUUCAUCCAAAAUCGGAUGUUUGGAAGCAACUGAUCGUAUAAACACCCGGACCACGCGAGCACCGUUAAACAUGAUGGGAUCGCGAAACAACCGUACAUUUCUACACAAUGUUGC